GGCCUCCCGGAAGACCUCGGCUUUUCUCUGGGACGGGGAUGCUUUUGCUCCCUGGCAGCUGGUUGGGGGAGGGACACGAGGGACUUUCUGUGUCCGGACAACCCGUGGCGUCUGUAGGAGAAGACUGGGUGGUACCAGCUGGUUUCCCGAGAAUGCCAGUUCAGCCGCGGAGUUAUAGAGCCGGCUACUGCUCCAAGGCCAGCUAGGCCUCGGCGCUCUUCUGCCCCAGAGCAGAGAGGCUUUUAUUCGUAUUACCUUUACUAAGGGACAGGUGACAUUAUCAGCAAGAUAUUCAAGAAUUUUAACAGAUGAUUAUAUAUGAACAAGAAGGAGUAUAUAUUCACUCAUCUUGUGGAAAGACCAAUGACCAAGACGGCUUGAUUUCAGGAAUAUUACGUGUUUUAGAAAAGGAUGCCGAAGUAAUAGUGGACUGGAGACCAUUGGAUGAUGCAUUAGAUUCCUCUAGUAUUCUCUAUGCUAGAAAGGACUCCAGUUCAGUUGUAGAAUGGACUCAGGCCCCAAAAGAAAGAGGUCAUCGAGGAUCAGAACAUCUGAACAGUUACGAAGCAGAAUGGGACAUGGUUAAUACAGUUUCAUUUAAAAGGAAACCACAUACCAAUGGAGAUGCUCCAAGUCAUAGAAAUGGGAAAAGCAAAUGGUCAUUCCUGUUCAGUUUGACAGACCUGAAAUCAAUCAAGCAAAACAAAGAGGGUAUGGGCUGGUCCUAUUUGGUAUUCUGUCUAAAGGAUGACGUCGUUCUCCCUGCUCUACACUUUCAUCAAGGAGAUAGCAAACUACUGAUUGAAUCUCUUGAAAAAUAUGUGGUAUUGUGUGAAUCUCCACAGGAUAAAAGAACACUUCUUGUGAAUUGUCAGAGUAAGAGUCUUUCACAGUCUUUUGAAAAUCUUCUUGAUGAGCCAGCAUAUGGUUUAAUACAAAAAAUUAAAAAGGACCCUUAUACGGCAACUAUGAUAGGAUUUUCCAAAGUCACAAACUACAUUUUUGACAGUUUGAGAGGCAGCGAUCCCUCUACACAUCAACGACCACCUUCAGAAAUGGCAGAUUUUCUUAGUGAUGCUAUUCCAGGUCUAAAGAUAAAUCAACAAGAAGAACCAGGAUUUGAAGUCAUCACAAGAAUUGAUUUGGGGGAACGCCCUGUUGUUCAAAGGAGAGAACCAGUAUCACUGGAAGAAUGGACUAAGAACAUUGAUUCUGAAGGAAGAAUUUUAAAUGUAGAUAAUAUGAAGCAGAUGAUAUUUAGAGGGGGACUUAGUCAUGCAUUGAGAAAGCAAGCAUGGAAAUUUCUUCUGGGUUAUUUUCCCUGGGACAGUACCAAGGAGGAAAGAACCCAAUUACAAAAGCAAAAAACUGAUGAAUACUUCAGAAUGAAACUGCAGUGGAAAUCCAUCAGCCAGGAACAAGAGAAAAGAAAUUCGAGGUUAAGAGAUUAUAGAAGUCUUAUCGAAAAAGAUGUUAACAGAACAGAUCGAACAAACAAGUUUUAUGAAGGCCAAGAUAAUCCAGGGUUAAUUUUGCUUCAUGACAUUUUGAUGACCUACUGUAUGUAUGAUUUUGAUUUAGGAUAUGUUCAGGGAAUGAGUGAUUUACUUUCCCCUCUUUUAUAUGUGAUGGAAAAUGAAGUGGAUGCCUUUUGGUGCUUUGCCUCUUACAUGGACCAAAUGCAUCAGAAUUUUGAAGAACAAAUGCAAGGCAUGAAGACCCAGCUAAUUCAGCUGAGUACCUUACUUCGAUUGUUAGACAGUGGAUUUUGCAGUUACUUAGAAUCUCAGGACUCUGGAUACCUUUAUUUUUGCUUCAGAUGGCUUUUAAUCAGAUUCAAAAGGGAAUUUAGUUUUCUAGAUAUUCUUCGAUUAUGGGAGGUAAUGUGGACCGAACUACCAUGUACAAAUUUCCAUCUUCUUCUCUGUUGUGCUAUUCUGGAAUCAGAAAAGCAGCAAAUAAUGGAAAAGCGUUAUGGCUUCAAUGAAAUACUUAAGCAUAUCAAUGAAUUGUCCAUGAAAAUUGAUGUGGAAGAUAUACUCUGCAAGGCAGAAGCAAUUUCUCUACAGAUGGUAAAAUGCAAGGAAUUGCCACAAGCAGUCUGUGAGAUCCUUGGGCUUCAAGGCAGUGAAGUUACAACACCAGAUUCAGACGUUGGUGAAGACGAAAAUGUUGUCAUGACUCCUUGUCCUACAUCUGCAUUUCAAAGUAAUGCCUUGCCUACACUCUCCGCCAGUGGAGCCAGAAAUGACAGCCCAACACAGAUACCAGUGUCCUCAGAUGUCUGCAGAUUAACACCUGCAUGAUCACUGUUCUUGCUUUUUUGGGAAGAGACACUUUGUUGCAACCCUUUUUCAAGUACUUGAAAGUUGAAAAUUUAAAAUCUUGGUGUUGAUCAUGCUUUAAGGUUUAUGUAAAGAAAGUGUACUGAUGUUCUUACAUUAAAGCUUUACAAAGAUUUAAACUAA